GACACUCGCCUCUCUAUGUGUUGUGGUUUCCCUGAACUCACAGCGUGUCGCUGACAAGCAUCCCGUGUUUCCUCAGAAAGGUGCCGCCUCACCAACUGAGAUAUGAUUACACUAGUGGAGUAGACCACAGCGGCACAGCAUCAACCAUGCUUGACCUUUACUGAAGAAACUACCGUUGGUUGAGGUCCGGCGGUCUGAUCUAUAGGUGCACAUCAACAAGUCAAGCGUAUCUUUAUGGAAAGAAAUGAGGCGUGUGGCGCACGCCGCUGCACUAGUCCCGAGGGUCAAAGGAGGAAUGUAAUGGCCUGAGGGGGUUCCCCCCACUACAACCUGCCCCUGCCAGGUCCAACCCAUCUCACCUGUCUGCUCGGUCACUGCAACCCUCUGCUGUGAUGGGAGACGGACUGGAGGCGGGCAGCAGCCAGCACCUCCCUCCCGCCACGGCGCCUCUCCCCUUCAACCCCCCUCCUCCGGAAACAUGGAACCCCUCCAGACCCAAACGACAGACCAACCAGCUACAGUACCUGCUUAAAGUGGUGUUGAAGACAUUAUGGAAACACCAGUUUGCAUGGCCCUUCCAAGCACCUGUAGAUGCAGUGAAACUUAAUUUGCCUGACUACUACAAGAUAAUAAGGAGUCCUAUGGACAUGGGCACCAUAAAGAAACGUCUGGAGAAUAACUACUACUGGAAUGCCCAGGAGUGUAUCCACGACUUCAAUACAAUGUUCACAAACUGCUACAUCUACAACAAGCCUGGGGAUGAUAUCGUCCUUAUGGCAGAGGCUUUGGAAAAGCUCUUCCUGCAGAAGAUCACAGAGAUGCCGCAGGAAGAGGCGGAGAUCCCCGUGGUCACUACGGGUCGUCGUGUAGGCAGGCGAGAGCCCUCUCUAAUGACCAUGUCGGAUUCAGGCCAAGAGUCAUCCUCUCCAUCAACGACCCCGCAUACGAGAGGCUUUUCAUCGCCCCCAACCACUCCACACACCCGUGGUACACCAACCCUCCCCUUAACCCAACCUUUACCUCAGCCUCUCAUCCAGCCCAUAACACAGCAAAUAACCCAGCCCAUAACCCAGCCCAUAACCCAGCCCAUAACCCAGCCAAUAACCCAGCCCAUAACCCAGCCCAUAACCCAGCCCUUAAUCCAGCCCUUAAUCCAUUCCUUAUCUCAAUCAUUACCCCAAACUGCACCACAGGCUUUAGCCCAGCCUUUAGUCCUCUCGCAAAUCCAGACACAACCCCCACGGGUGCCUCCUACACCCACAAACCACGCUUCACAUCUUGGACCCCAGUUCGCCCUCUCCACCCCAGACAUCCUAGCCCAAGGCAUGACGUCUGUCCCCCCUCCAGCUAUGACGCACCCAGGCCUCCAUCCUCCGCCGGUGCUGCAGAGCUCCCCGGCCCUCAUCAAGCAAAAGAAAAGCCAGAAGAGGAAAGCAGACACCACCACCCCCACCGCCAACGACCAGCUGAGCGAGUCGCCCCCGGUGUCCGACGUGACCCGGCCUCGCCGAGACAGCGCCCGGCCGACAAAGCAGCCCAAACGGGACUCGUUGCAGCCGGACUCCCAGCAUCACAUGGGAGGAGGCCUGGAGAUGGGCGGCACGGCGACGUCCAAGCGCCAGGAUCAGCUCCGCUUCUGCGCACGACUCGUUAGAGAGAUGCUGUCCAAGAAGCACAUGGCGUACGCCUGGCCUUUUCACAAACCCGUUGACGCCAAAGCUCUGGGCCUGCACGACUACCACGACAUCAUCAAGCACCCGAUGGACCUCAGCACCAUCAAGAAAAAGCUGGAUAACAGGCAGUACAGAGACGCUGAAGAGUUCGCUGCAGACGUCCGGCUGAUGUUCUCCAACUGUUACAAGUACAAUCCUCCAGAUCACGACGUUGUUUCCAUGGCGCGUAAAUUACAGGACGUGUUUGAGAUGCGCUUCGCCAAAAUGCCAGACGAGUCCGAAGGCCCCACCCCGGUCUCCACUCCGUCGUCGGCCCUCCUCUCCAUCCCCACCACUCGACAAGCCCCUCCUCCGUCAGCUGCGUCGGAAGACAACAGCUCGAGUUCCUCCGACACCGAGUCGUCCAGAGGAGACUCGGAACAGGAACGACAACAGCGACUGGCCGAGCUACAGGAGCAGCUCAAAGCUGUUCAUGAGCAGCUGGCGGCGCUCUCCCAGCCACCGACCAGCAAGCCCAAGAAGAAAGAGAGAGACAAGAAGGAGAAGAAGAAGGAAAAGCAUAAAAAGAAGCAAGAAGCUGAGGAACCGGCAGAAACCUCUCCUCCCCCGAUGCUUCAGACUUCGAAGAAAAGCAAGAGUAAAGAUCCCGUCACAAUAAAGGAGAAGAAGAAGAAGCCCAGUAAGAAGGAGGACGUCAAAAACAGCCGGCCAGCUCCGGCCCCUCCGUCGGGACCCAUCGCUCUUCUGCCUUCGGCUUCUCUGGAAGCGGAGGACGACAUCGAUCUUGGCUCUUGCAAGCCGAUGUCGUACGAGGAGAAGCGCCAGCUGAGCCUGGACAUCAACAAACUGCCCGGCGACAAGCUGGGCCGAGUCGUGCACAUAAUCCAGACGAGAGAGCCGUCGCUGAAAAACUCGAACCCCGAUGAGAUCGAGAUCGACUUUGAGACCCUGAAGCCGUCUACGCUGAGGGAGCUGGAGAAAUACGUUUCUAGCUGCCUCAAGAAGAAGAAAAAACCUUCAGUCGAGAAGUCUUUGGAAAUGACCAAGAUAAAGACAGGAUCUUCAUCUUCAGGCAGCAGUGACUCCUCAGACAGCGAGGACUCUGAGAAUGGGCUGGUUCCCAAGCAACAGAAGAAGACGUUACCCAACAAGGACUCCAAGAGAGGGAACCACCAGCCACUUCCUUCUCCUCCUCUUCCUCCCAGUGGGAUGCUCCCAGUUGCCCCCGCGCCUCAAACCCAAUCCCAGCUGUUCCAGUCCAAGCCCCCGUUUGUAUCCGCUCCCUCUGUCCCGCCACUGGACUCGUCUCAGCUGCUGUCCUCGGGUUUCGACCCUCUGGCACAUUUCAUGAGUUCCCACCUGACCGAGUCAAACGCGGAGUCCGGCGCCGCCGUUACCACCGCCGAGGCGGCUUUACCCCCGGGCCUGCUGAAUGCCAACGCACCCCUCAACCAGACGCCGACCGAUACGCAUCCCUUCCUGAACCAGCAUCCCAUCGUUCCUUCCCCAGCCGUCCACAUCGCUCUCCCCCAGCAACCAUCCAGACCCAGCAACCGCGCUGCGCCUCUUCCGCCCAAACCGCCGCAGCCUCCUCCAUCCUUGCUGCCUACCCUGCCUCCUCCGCCACCCUCCGCCCCCGCCCAGCUCCAACCCACACUUCCCUUAAGCCUCCCGCAGCCGGUCCUCCGCGCACGCGUCCCGUCGCCACCGUCGCACGGCAUCCUGGGUACCCUCUCGGCUCAACCUCCUCAGGCGUUGCUGGAGGACGACGAAGAGCCCGUGCCGAACAGCUCCGAGACGCCGCCGCCCCUCAGCCAGGUUCACAACCUGCUGCAGUCGCUGCAGCCCCGGUCCAGCAUGCCGCUGCAGCCGCUGCACACACACUUGCCCGGGCAGGCCGCUUCCCAGCUUCUGCAGUCGAUACACACGCAGGGCUUGGCGGCGGCACCGCCCGCCCAGACUCAGAGACACGUUCCAGCUCACGUUCCCCAGCUGUUCCCAAAUUCCCAUACGCCGGCAUCCCAGCAGCUGAAGGGCGCCGUCCUGCAGCAGAAGGUCCAGCAGCUCCAGCAUCAACAGCAGCCGUCCCCACACAACACAGCAGAGGCCUUCUCAACUAAAGGCUGCCUGCGGGAAAGCCCCUCUCCUCUAAUGAUGCAUUCGCCUCAAAUGCCUCAGUUUCAUCCAAUGGGACAGCAGUCACCUUUACAGACCAAGAAGCACGAGCAGAGGUCCAACCCGGUGGGCGUUAAAGAGGAGAAGCCUUCGCAGUCUCCAGGUCUGCCGUCAUCACCGUUCAGCCCUGCGAUCCGCCAAGACGCUCACAAACAUGACAACAAACACAGUUUGGAGAUGAAGCAGCUGGAUGGUUCUCGUCCCGUUUCCCGCCUCCCCAGCUCCCCGUCGCCGCCCGCCUCCCAACCGGAGAACAAAAUCAAGCAAGAACCCAAGACCCCCAUCGCUCCCAAAAAGACACCGGACGUGAAGCUAAAGAACAUGAGCUCCUGGGCCAGCCUGGUUCAUCGGCCCCAGUCUGCGCCGACGUCAUCGCUGCGCUCGUCCAGCGACAGCUUCGAGCGCUACAAGCGCGUCGCCAUGGAGAAGGAGGAGCGGGAGAGACAGCUGAAAGCCCAGGCGGAGCAGGCCAAGAGAGUGCAGGAGAUGCUACGCCGCGACGACGACGACACAACGGAGCACAGUCGCCGAGGGAGACAGUCGCCCCUCGCUCCGACCCCCCCACCCGUCUCCUCUCCGCCCACUCACUCCCCUCAGCCGCCCCCGGCUCCCGCCAAACAACAAGCUCCGCCCCCUCCGCCCGCCGCAGCUGCAGCAGCACACAGCGCUCUGGACCAGCAGAGGGACCGGGAGCGCCUCCGCGAACGGGACCGGCGCUUCAGAGAGGCCAUGGCGGACAACAUCGACAUCAAUUUCCAGAGCGACCUGAUGGCGAUUUUUGAGGAGAGUCUUUUCUGAAGAGGGGAAAAAAAAAAAGAAAAAGAAAAAAAAAGAGCAGGAGACGAGGACUUGAUCAGUUACAACGUUUGCAAAUGUACAAGCGUCACGAGAAACAAGAGCUCUGAGAUACAUGGUUGCCGCCGCCACAGACCCACAUCACCGACCGGCCCUAGCAGAAACCUCUCCGCCCCGUUAGCUUGUUGUGACCCGGGUUUCCUGCUCGAAGUUCAUUGGUUACUUAUUGAUCUCCAAGGACGACGACGGGAUCAGCAGCCUGAAAAUUCUAGGAGAGAAUCGAAAUUGAAUCUCCGUCAUUAUGUUAAAUUAUAAACUGGAGCAAUUUUUUUUUGUCUUUUUUUUUUUCAUUUUUCUUUUUUGGGAUUUCUGGGGGACUUUAGCUACCAGGAGAACAACUGAAACCGCCUGCUUUGUUUGUGCUUUUCUCCUCUGCCCUCACUUUCACUGGGGGAAUCUGGACUCUUGUGGUUAAGUUUGUACGGUUUUCGUCAGCUGUCAUUUAGAAGCUUAUUGUUUUCUCAGGAUACAGUGUGUUUUGGGUUUUUUUGUUUGUUUGUUUGUUUUUGUUGUUUUUGUUUUUUAUAAGACCUCCUUUCACCUUUCACUUCCCCCUCUGCAACAAUCAGGAGUGACCACGGAAGAAGCAACCAUGUUUCAAAAGUUUUCAAAGUGCGUCCCUUGCCUUAGCGCUCCGGCCUGUAAACUAAUCACGCCCUACAAAUUAUACAUAUUAUAUAUAUAUACAUAUAUAUAUAUAAAAAUAGAUACACAAAUAUAUAUAUUAUAUAUGACAAAGAAAAAUAAGUCAUUGAAGAAUAUGAGAGGGAUAUCGUUUGUGGAGAGCAAAGCUCGUGUCUGUGUUCAUCUCUGAGCUAUGGUUUUGAUUUUGUAGACUUUACUGUAAAGAAGAAAAACGUAAAAAAAAAAAGAAAAAAAGCAACAUUUUUUAUGAUUCUAUUGAGAGGAUUGUUUCGUCUGUCUUAUUCUCACAUUUUCGGUUUUUGUUUUUGUGGUUUUUGUUUUUCUCUUAACUCUAUGCCAAAACAAAUCCAUUGAGUGCUGAUAGUUGUUUUAAUUUUUUUUUUUGUUUUGUUGUUUUUUGUUUGUUUUUUUUACAUGUAAAUUGCAUUGUCUCUUCACUUUAUAUUACAGACUGUCAUCAUUGCUAUUUAAAUUUUAGCUUCCCCUCCCUCCCCUUCAUCUUCCCAGCCUUUUAAAUCGAAAGUUAUGCAACAGCUUUUCUCUUUCUUCAAAGGAGUUUUACGGGCCUACGUCCCGUCAUUUUGUACUUACUGGAUAAGUCUGCGCUUAAGUGUUUUAGUCUGUUUUUAUUUUAUUUUUAUAUACAUUUCUUUCAUUAUUGUUUUUUUUUUUAUUCUUCCCUUCAUGUGGAUAUUUUUAGUCGGUCUUGCCCAUCUCGCCUGCCACCAUCAGCACAGUUUUAAUAGUCUCUGUUGGACUGCUCUUCGUUUUGUCCUUCAUCACUCUUGCGUCGCCGUCCGCGGCCACAGCGUUUUGGAUUUUGUGUGCCAUUGUGUUGAUCUGGAAGCGGGAGCUUUUCCCGCUUCCUUGAGGUUUGGCUCGGAGAUCCAGGAGUGUUUUCUGCUCUGUCAUUUUCUGUAUUUUUUUUUCUUCUCAUCUUCAAGGUGUCCUGUUUCUCCUUUGCUGUUUUUUGUUUGUUUUUUGUUUUCUUCUUCUUCUUCUUUGAUUUAUUCUACCCAGAACAAUGUGUUGGUGAGUGAGGCAUUGAGGUCAAUAGAUUCAUCUUCAUAUAAUGGAGUACAACAUCUUUGUUUUUGUUUUUUUGUUUGUUUUAUUUUUUUUUAAAGAAAAGUAUUAAAAUAUUUAAAAACCUUA